CGCGCUUUGCUCGCCAUUUUCCCAUCUUCUGAAGCGAGAAUCUGUCUAUUCUAGUGUCACGGUGUCAUACAACACUGUCAGGUCAUCAAUUAAUCGUUGCCGGAGACGAGCUGAGCUCUUAAUAGAGUUUUAAACUCGGUUAGCUUCUGCUGGCGCUCCAAUAAAAAUGAACAUUUUCAGGCUAACCGGCGAUCUCUCCCACCUAGCAGCCAUCAUCAUCCUGCUGCUGAAGAUAUGGAAAACCAGGUCUUGUGCCGGUAUUUCUGGGAAGAGUCAGGUCCUGUUUGCCUUGGUGUUCACCACUCGCUACCUGGACCUGCUCACCUCCUUCAUCUCUCUCUACAACACCACCAUGAAGAUCAUCUACAUUGGAUGUGCGUACGCCACUGUGUACCUGAUCUACCUGAAGUUCAAGGCGACUUAUGACGGGAAUCACGACACCUUCAGAGUGGAGUUCCUAGUCGUCCCUGUUGGUGGACUGGCUUUCCUGGUUAACCAUGACUUCUCUCCCCUGGAGAUUCUGUGGACAUUCUCCAUCUACUUGGAGUCGGUGGCCAUCCUGCCUCAGCUUUUCAUGAUCAGCAAGACUGGUGAGGCCGAAACCAUCACCACCCACUACCUGUUCUUCCUGGGACUCUACAGAGCCCUUUACCUCAUCAACUGGAUAUGGAGGUUCUACUUUGAGGGAUUCUUUGACAUGAUCGCCAUCGUUGCCGGGGUGGUGCAGACCAUCCUUUACUGUGACUUCUUCUAUUUGUAUGUAACAAAAGUACUGAAAGGAAAGAAGCUGAGUCUGCCAGCUUAAGUGCCAAAGAGGAGUGUUUUGGCAGACUCAUAGAGGAGGGUCGGAGGGGAGGAGGAGUGGAAGUGGACACCUCUGACAACCCCAACGCACCCUCCACCACCGCUUCCUCCUCUUCCCCUCCCGCCAGUGUAAGAUGCCUGAGACAGAGAGCGAGUGGGAGCUGCUGGCUUUCUUCUGAUCCAGAAUCAGUGGAAUCCGAACCCCCUGCAGAGGCUGCUCCACAGCCUUUGGAUUUCUGUUUGAUGCAUCUUGCCAUAACCUUUUUUUACUACUCUGUAUAAAGGAAGAAAAAAAAAGCAAGAAAAGUUUUCUACAGAAAAAUGUGUAAGAUUUGACACAUUGGUGAAUAAGAGAAGACGUAAAAUUGCCUCUGAUUUGGCAUUGUAUGAUAUUGAAGUGGACUUCUUGUGGUGGGAUAUUAUUGACGGAAGCGUUUGUAAUAGUAUUUGCAAUCGAAAUAAAUGUGCAUUGUUUUUCCUGAAUCAAUUUGGGGAGGAAUUUGUUGAAUCCUCAGAACUUUGGUGGUCAAUUUCUUCAUGUUUUUCUCUUCUAUUUUUGACCACUAUGCAUUCCCAUGUAUAAGGACUAUCUAUUUUAGUUUCCCCUUGGUAGAAUAUAAAUUCAAUAUAGAUGCCAUUAUUUAACAUUCUCUUAAAAAAAAAAAAAAAACCUCAAAUGUAACACUUAAAUUUUUGUUCAAAUGCCUCCAA